AUGGCCGCUCCAGCCCAACCACCGCAUAGAUACGUCGAGAACGAGGGCUACAUCGACCUCAACUCUACAGCUCCCGCCAUGCCCGGUUCCGCCACCGAUACCGCACCUGCAGACGACUUCGACGACGAUGAAAACUACGACAGCAUCUUCGCCGACUCGGAGGAGGAAGAUGAGACUCUCCUCGGUGCCUCCAACCCAUCGGAUUAUACCAAAGCAUACAACCGCCAACGCAAACUCAACGAUAACAACAUCCCCGCUGCACAAAAGCCAAAGGCAAAUCCUCAAUUGAAUACCGCUGCAGCCGUGGACGAUCAUAUCAAAUCACUUUCGCGCCACACUGCAAAACUUCGAAUCAACGACAUGGAGGCUGGCGUCACCAAAUCGCAUGCUGGGGCGGAAAAGUCAGAUCGUGCGACCACCGAACAGGUCCUUGAUCCCCGCACACGAAUGAUGAUGUUGCAGAUGUUGAAUCGAAACAUUGUUAGCGAGAUCAAUGGCGUGAUAUCGACGGGGAAAGAGGCGAACGUCUACCACGCGGUGACAAUUCCUCAGGAAGAGGAGGAGGGCGGGAAAGAGUUGAACAGGGCGAUCAAGGUCUACAAGACGAGUAUCCUCGUAUUCAAGGAUCGAGACAAGUAUGUCACUGGUGAACAUCGUUUCAGACAUGGAUACAACAAAAGUAACAACCGCGCCAUGGUGAAGGUGUGGGCGGAGAAGGAGUUUAGAAAUCUGAGAAGAUUACAUGCUGCCGGGAUUCCAUGUCCCGAACCGGUGUAUCUCAAGGCACAUGUCUUGGUCAUGUCUUUCUUGGGCAACAGCAAGGGUUAUCCGGCGCCGAGACUGCGGGAUGUUGAGUUCGAGGCCGAAGAGGCAGCGGCAAGGUGGAGAGAGGUGUAUGUGGAGCUGCUGGGAUACAUGCGGAGGAUGUAUCAGGUCUGCAAGCUUGUGCACGCAGAUCUCAGCGAGUACAACUUGCUAUAUUGGAAGGGAAAGUUGAUAGUCAUCGAUGUCAGCCAGAGUGUGGAGCCGGACCAUCCCAGAUCGUUGGAGUUCCUGAGAAUGGAUGUCAAGAACGUGAGCGACUUUUUCAGGAGAAAGGGAGUAGAAACGCUUUCGGAGAGAAAGGUUUUUGGAUUUGUGAGUCGAGGUGAAGGUGCGGUUGAGGAGGACGGUAUGAAGCUUGCGAUUGAGAAAUUGUUCGACGAGGGCGAUGAUGAGGAGAAUACGGAGGUCGACAACGAGGUCUUCCGACAGCAAUACAUCCCACAGAAUCUGGAGCAGGUCUACGAUAUCGAGAGAGACGGCGAGAGGAGAGAAAAGGGCGAGGGUCUGGUCUACGAUGGCUUGCUUGCUGAGGAGAAGAAGAAGGACGAAGAGGGUGCAGACGCCGACGACGAUGACUCUGAUAGUCAAGAUGGCUCUUCUUCCGGGGAAGGCUCACAUCAAGAUUGGGAGACUGGACCUCCGAGAGGGAGACGAUUCGAGGACAAGGAUGCCAAGAAGGAGCACAAGAAGGCCGUCAAAGAGGCAAAACGGGAAUCGCGGAAGGAAAAGAUGCCGAAGCAUGUCAAGAAAAAGCUGGUUGGACAGGGCAGUCGAGGGAAGAAGUGA